UUUUUCUUUUUUUUUCCAGGUGUUGUUGAUGGCCACAGGAGGGAGCUCAAAUCCAGACAUGGGAGGAUUGGCUUGAUUUCUGAUCCAGAGCCACUUAAACUCUCACUUUUCCUCUAAGCUGGUCCCUGUUAUGUCCAGGAUCUGGCACCUGCUUGACAUUUACUUUGAGUUCCAGAGGACCAGAGACCUAGGAUGAGGAGCAUUGGAUCUGCCCUGAACCUGCUUUUGGUAUCGCCACUCUACUUUGUGUGGACCGUGGUCGCUCUGGACCUGGCACAAACUCCCUGCACCACUUUGGUCCAGGGGAAAUUCUUUGGAUAUUUCUCCUCCUUUGCCGUCUUCCCAUUGAACUCCUCACUCUGCUCUUGGAUUAUCCAGAACCCUGACCCUCGGAGAUAUACCUUGUACAUGAAGAUCCUCAAACCUACCGGCAUAUGUGACCACCAGCACAUCCGCACCUACCAAUUUGACUCCUUCCUGGAAUCCACCCGCACCUACCUGGGCAUGGAGAGCUUUGACGACGUGUUGAAGCUCUGUGAUGGGUCGACCCGCUAUGCUUUUCUUCAGUCUAACAAACAGUUCCUCCAGAUGAAGCAGACUGCACCUCCAGGAGUAGAGAACGGACCGGUGCGGUGGAAACCCAUCAAGGCUCAGGAGAGAGACUUCUCGGUGGAAUACCUCGUGGUGGGCAACAGGAAUCCUAGCAAAGCUGCAUGCCAGAUGCUCUGCAAGUGGCUGGAUGCGUGCUUGGCUAUCAGCAGCAGCUCCCACCCAUGUGGCAUUAUGCAGACUCCGUGCUCUUGCUCAGGAGGGGAGGUCCUAGAUCAAGCCAGCGAGAUCCUGGGGUUCCCGAAGAAGAAAGAAGAUUGUUAUAAGGAUGGAAUUUACUUAGAGAAUUGCCUGAGCAGCCCCAAGGACAGCAGUGGAGUGGAGUUCCUGGGUGAGUGAAGGGCAGAUGGGGGU